AAAGUUGUAGUAAUUCUUUGUGUGCUUAUUUUUCUCAACAGUUCAGGACGGCAGCUAAGUGAAGUCUUCGUUCAGCUCCCAUCUAGAAAAGAAUUACCAGAGUAUUAUGAAUUAAUUAGGAAACCAGUGGACUUCAAAAAAAUAAAGGAAAGAAUUCGUAAUCAUAAAUAUCGGAACCUCAGUGAUCUGGAGAAAGAUGUCAUGUUGCUAUGUCACAAUGCUCAGACAUUCAAUUUGGAGGGAUCACAGAUCUAUGAGGAUUCCAUCGUUCUUCAGUCUGUAUUCAAAAGCGCACGACAGAAGAUUGCCAAAGAAGAGAGUGAGGAUGAAAGCAACAAUGAUGAUGAUGAUGAUGAAGAGGAGUCAGAGUCAGAAUCAAAGUCAGUGAAAGUCAAAAUCAAGAUGAACAAGAAGUAUGAAAAAAGCCAGGACAAAAGCAAAAGCAAGAAGAGGCAAAGCCGAGUAAAAGCCAAGCCUGUUAUGAGUGACAAUGACAGCGAUGAGGAUCAAGAUGAAAACGACCAGUCAGAAGCAAGUGGAAGUGAUGAUGAGUAA